AUGUAUUCGAAAACGAUCUCAGUUUUACUAGCAAUCUCAACUUUACUUGAAGUAACCUAAUCAAAACUUGUAGGCAUGGCUUACUAUACUUGGUUUACUCCAGGAAGAAGAGCCUGCUAAUGGGGAACACCAUAACUCGGAAAUUAUGCUUCUGAUGAUAGAGGUGUAAUGAGAAAGCAUGCAGAAUGGCUUAAAUCAGCACAUAUUGACUUUGUUGUUGUUGAUUGGUCCAAUGAUAUCUGCUGCAGCGCCUAAUCUGAUUGGAACGGAAGAUAAGAUCUUAAAGGUCUUGAGCUUAAUACAAUCGCACUCUUUGAGGAGUGGUCUAAGAUUGCUGGAGCACCUAAGAUUGCUAUUAUGGUUGGAUCUCCUUCUGAUCCAUCUGUCUAUCACUCCUGGGAUGCUAUGAGGAUAAAACUAGAUUCAAUUGUCGGCAUGAUCUUACAAAGAAACGAUAUCAAGAACUAAUACUUCCAUUAUGAGUAAAAGCCUUUCGUUUUGGACUAUGUAGGAACACCUUCCCCCUUCACUAAUCCAGUCUGGAACCAAGACAAUAGAUUCACUGUGAGGCACGUUACUGGUUUUGUUUCAAACUAGCCUCAAUUGAGAGACGGUGAUUACAGCAAGUAUGGCUACUGGUCUUGGGAGGACAGAAGCCUACAAACCAGAACUAAUGAAGUAACAACAGUUUAAGUAGCUUGGAGAGGAGAUCCUUGCGGAUGGAAUUGCGGAAAUGACAGAAGAGGAAGAGAAAACGGAAACACUUACAGAGAGAGAUGGGCUCAUGCUAAGCAAAUCGGAGCUCAAAUUGUUUUUAUUCCUUCAUUCAACUAAUGGAUUGGCUGUCCUGCUCAACCAGGAGAAAAUAUGAAUGCUGAAUUCAGCACUGACAUUGAGCCAAGUCAAGAGCAUGGUACUCUUUACCUAGACAUUACAAGAGAACAAGCUGCCUAAUUCAAAGGAAUCCAUCACAAAGCAAAACAACAUCAUUUAGACAUUGAAUAAUGA